AUUCAUAUUUUCCCGCGUGGAGCAACAAAAUGGCGGCUCAGAAGAAAUUUUUGCUAAAAACAUUGAGAGCCGCUACAGCUAAUAUUCGAUGCAACUGUCAUUCAAACGUUUCACAAGAAACACAUUUUGGAUUCGAGACUGUUUCAAAAUCUUCCAAGGCAGGUAGAGUGCAUACGGUGUUUGAAAAUGUUGCGGAGAAAUAUGAUCUGAUGAAUGACUUAAUGAGUGGUGGGAUACAUCGAGCUUGGAAAAAUUACCUCGUAUCACAAAUUAAUGUAUUGAAUGGCAACAGAAUGCUGGAUGUGGCAGGGGGCACUGGUGAUAUAGCCAUGCGAUAUAUAAAUCAGUUGAAGUAUCACAAUAAAACGCUGUCCACAGGUGAUAUAGUUGUCUGUGAUAUCAAUCAAGCAAUGCUUGAUGUUGGAAAAAUAAAAGCAUCUAGACUUGGAUUAAGUCAGGAAAUAAUUUGGGUUUGUGGAAAUGGAGAAGACUUACCAUUCCAAGAUAAUUCCUUUGAUGUGUAUACCAUUGCAUUUGGGCUACGAAACUUCACGAACACUCAAAAAGCAUUGGAUGAGGCUUACAGAGUUUUAGCACCCGGGGGUAAAUUUUUGUGCCUUGAAUUCAGUGCGGUAAAAAAUCCUUUCUUAAAAAGAUUGUAUGAUGAAUAUUCAUUUCAAGUAAUUCCAGUAAUGGGAGAAGUAAUUGCUAAGGACUGGUCAUCAUAUCAAUAUUUGGUUGAAAGUAUUCGUCAAUUUCCUGACCAGGUUGAAUUUUCAGCUCUGAUAACAACAUCAGGUUUUAAAUUUGUUAAAUAUGAAAAUUUAACUUUUGGUGUUGCUGCCAUUCACUCCGGCUUCAAGCUAUGACAUUUUGUUAAUUACAAUGUUUUGAACAAUGUA